GAACAAAAGAAAGCGUCACGUUAUCCGCACGUUCAUGUUCGUAGUUUGGCUGAUAGAAUAGUGUUGAUAGGGAUGAUAGUCUGAUUUUGUCAUGUCGAUAAUUUGUUCAUAGUGAGAGGGAUCGCCGCUGCCGUUUCCGCUGUCCUAAUUCAGGGCCAGACCAUGCCGUCCACGCCGCCGGACGAGGUAUACUCGGUGCGGUUCAGCCAGGACGGCAGCGCGUUCGCCUGCGCCCUCUCCUCGGGCGUGCGCCUGUACAACCUGGAGCCACUCUCCGAGCUGGCCUCCCACGGGCCCAAGUUCUUCGGCAGCAUCGCCAUCUGCGAGAUGUUGGACAGGUCCAACCUGAUGGCGGUGGUGGGCGGCGGCGCCACGCCCCGGUUCGCCGACAACACGGUGCUGGUAUACGACUCGGCCCUGCAGGCGUUCGUACUGGAGCUCACGUUCACGGGCCCCGUGCUGGCUGUCCGCCUGCGCAGGGACAGGCUCAUCGUCGCCAUGCGGCGACAGGUGCACGUGUUCACCUUCCCGCUGCCGUGCGAGCGCCUGUUCACGGUCGAGUCUGGCGACAACCCGCUGGGCCUGUGCGAGGUCAGCCCGCUGGCCACCAGUGAGGCGCACGUGCUGUGCUUCCCAGCGCGCAAGCGGGGCGCCCUGCAACUGAUUGACCUGACCGCCACGGAGGCCCAGGUGUCGUGUGCGCCGGUCACGCUCAACGCCCACCAGGGGCCGCUGGCCGCGCUCGCCGUCAACCAGCAGGGCACGCUGGCGGCGACAGCCUCGCGCAAGGGCACCCUGGUGCGCGUCUGGGACAUCGGACAGCGGUGCCUGCUAGCCGAACUGCGCCGCGGCUCGGACACCGCCGUCCUCUACUGCAUCGGCUUCAGCGCCGACAGCACCUACCUCUGCUGCGGCAGCGACAAGGGCACCAUCCACGUGUUCGCGUUGAAGGAGCCGGCGCUGAACCGGCGCUCGACGCUGAGUAGGCUGGGCCUGCGCGGCCAGUACCUCGAGUCGCAGUGGGCGCUCGCCACGUGCACCGUGCCCGCCGAGAGGCCGUGCGCAUGUGCGUUCGGCGCGGCUGGCACCGUGUACGCCGUGUGCACGGACGGCACGUUCCACAAGUACGUGUUCACGGCCGACGGCAUCUGCAACCGCGAGGCGUACGACGUGUACCUGGACGCGUGUGGCAAGAAUGAUUUCUGAGCAGCGGACGGACGUGUGUGCGGCGGUGGCGGCGGCGGAGGAAGGGGUCCGCUGAUGCGUCCUCCGGUUGCGCGGUGUGUGGUACGUGUGUGGUUGUUGGUCGUGUUUGUGGGAAAGGGGGACGGCUCGUGACUGCCGGAUGCGUUGUGACCGCGGUGAAAGGGAUGCCGGCGAGGCAAGGGCCCGCUGAGGUAGUCGGAGAGUGUAGGAGCUGCAUAAGAAAGUGAUGUGUUGUUCUGGUAUUGCUAUCGGUGUGUGGGCGGUGGGGCUUUUGGGCGUCGUUUGAGGUCAUGUGUUUCACCGGCUCGUUGGAAAGGACAUGGACGGGCCAGGCGAAUGCCUCGCCCUGUCACGGCCAUCCAUCGAAAACCCCGCGUUUUCGAGACUAAUGCUGUGAAGCAGGCGCGGCAGCGGCAGAUACGGGGAGUGCCACCCACGGCCAGAUGUAGGCUUUGAAAGCACCAGGGCUGGUCGUAUGAAUAUGAUAGGAUCUGGAUUAAGGCAGUCUGGCAGUCGCGGUGUUGUAGACGGCUGUUCGGUACAUGGGUUAGAUGGUGACACGCGCGACAUGGAUUUAGUUGUCUUAUGUAAUGCCAGUUAAAAUCAUGUUUGUAACUUUGAAACGCCUUUUCUGCGCUACCGCUGAAUGUAAAAUGGCUGUGGUGGUGUGUGUAUACUGCGAAUAACAGGACGCACGCCACAAUACGUACCAGUUUAUUAACAGCUUUCUCCACAAUGGAGAAACACUGCACUCAUUGCAGUGCAUUCAUCUCGCACGAGCAUUGAUGUGCACAUGUCACGUGAGCUAUUCUUGAAGGUUCACCUUGUGCAGAAGACUUACGGUCUCACAAUGACAAUGGUUUUGGGCGUUGAUUUGGUAGCUUUGGUGAUCAUGUUGAACCACUUGCCAUACCUAUCAGAGCCUGGCCACAAGGACACUGCACGAGCGCCGCACAGGAGCCGCGGCGGGGAAAGGUGGUGUGUGUAUUUCAUGCCACUCUAGAGUGCAAAAUAUCCAAGCUGUGCGUGUCGCAGUCGUGUGCAUCUUGGUCUUGGGACAUGAAAUGUGUAACCUAUGUUUCAACACUCGGUAAAUAAAUGUCCUCCACGGA